AUGGCGGACAAUUGGAAGACCGUUCUGCAACGCUACGCCGAAAUGGAUCCCGAGCAAAUACCUAAGGCCAUCCUCUUUUAUGCCACGGAACACAAUCUUGUCAUCUUCGACCGCUAUAACAAGAGCAUCUUUCACCUCCUGAUUAUCCCUCGCACGCGGCCUCCCCACUACACCGCCGCUAGACUCAAGAAUCUGCGCACGCUCUUUCAAGGCGACAAGCAGCGCGCCAAGGAGCUUAUUGACCACAUGAAGGAGGACUCGGAAGAGCUGAUCAAGAAGAUAGAGGAGUGGAUGCUGAAGAGUUAUAAGUUCAAGUGGGAUGUAUGGGUUGGGUUCCACGCAGUUCAGAGCUUGGACCAUGUACACCUUCAUGUUAUCUCUGCCGACAUGCAGUCGGAGCAUCUGAAGAACAAGAAACACUACAACUCGUUCCAUCCGAAGCUCGGCUUCUUCAUCCACCUCGACGACAUCCUCGACUGGUUUGAGGCCGUCCCAAGCGUUUGGCGCAAGAACAUCGAGCUCAACCCAGCGUUCUUCGAGCCUCUGCUAAAGAAGGACCUCGAAUGCUAUCACUGCUACGAGGAGUUCAGGAAUAUGCCGCAGCUGACGAAGCACUUGAAGGAGCAUUGGGAGAAGCUUAAGGCGGCAGGAAUCGCGAAGAUGCAGCGAAAGAAGAUGAUAGAGGACGCGAUGCAGGCCGCGAAGGAGAAGGAGGAAGAGAAGAAGAAGAAAGAAGAGGAGAGAGGCGCUGCGGAGGACGAUGCGGGGGUCGAGGAUGGGGGCGAGCGGGACGCGGACGAGGCGCAGACGUCAGAGGUUACGGGUAAGGGUGGUCAGAAGGGGGCACCAAAGAAGACUGCGGAGAGCGAGCUGGGUACGCAGGGUCAGGGCGGGAAGGACGGCACGCCCAGUAAGCGCCCGAGCGCCGAGCCAGCGCCCGAAGACAGCGAGCCGCCUGCGCAGAAGCGGACGCGGCUGCAGGAUCCCGACCCCUCGUGGCAGUUCUGA